AUGACUUUCCUUUUUCCUGCCCUCCUAGCUACCCUCUGCAUCAAAGCCAUCAGCCCGAAUGAGGGCUGCACCACGGGCAGCGCUAUGGUCAUCAUCAAUGGCAACAACUUCUUCGAUGGUCUCCAAGUGGUGUUUGGCACAAUGCUCGUGUGUGAAAGGCUACUUAAUUCCCAAAGCAGCAGCAUGAGCAGCCUACUGAUAACCCCCGAUGCCAUCCUUGUGCAGACCCCUCCCCAGCACAUCCCUGGUGUUGUGGAAGUGACAUUAUCUUACAAAUCCAAACAGUUCUGCAAAGGAGCGCUGGGAAGAUUCAUUUACACAGCACUCAAUGAACUCACCAUUGAUUAUGGCAUCCAGAGGCUGCAGAAAGUCAUCCCCAGGCACCCUGGGGAUCCUGAGAGAUUAGCGAAGAAAAAGCUGUUGAAGAGAGCUGCUGACCUUGUGGAGCCCCUCUACGGAACACCCCACAAUAACCAGGACAUCAUUUUGAAGCAAGCUGCAGACAUCUCGGAGGCUCUGUACAGCGGCCCCAGGAACCCCAGUCAGAUCCCAGCUCUCUCCAGCUCCCCAGCGCACGGUGGCAUGAUGGGCAUCAAUUCUUAUGGCAGCCAGCUAGGGGUCAGCAUCUCAGAGUCAACACAAGUAAAUAAUCAAGUCAUGUCCUCCAGUCCCACCGUUGGCUCAUCCAGCACGUCCUCCAUCCUCCCGUUUUCCUCUUCAGUUUUUUCUGCUGUGAAACAGAAGAGUGCCUUGGCCCCUGUCAUCAGGCCCCAAGGCUCCCGGUCCCCAGCCUGCUCCAGUAGUAACGGAAAUGGAUUCAGAACCCUGACCGGACUCGUCGUGCCCCCGAUGUGA